AUUUCGAAUGGUGCCUGUACAAAUUCUAUAACGACUCACUAUCCUGGUUUGACGCUAAAGCAGUAUGUGAACAGGACAAUUUGAUCUUGGCUGAAAUUACGAGCACUUCUCAGCUAACCUACCUCAGAAACCUGAUGAGCAACCUAUCCAAAAUUGAUGCCCACCCUCCAAGCUCUGUGUGGAUAGGUGCAUACCGCGCUAACAAUGAGAAGGCUCGAUGGCAGGAUGGCUGUGACCAUGUCGGUGAUAACACGUUUGUAACGGGUCAGAGCGGCGAUGCUUGUUUUUUGUUCGACGGUAACAGCACGUUUGCGUCCAAGCCAUGCAACACGAGCCAACCCUUUUUGUGCCAGGCAUCUACACUAGAUACCGCAACCUGUUUUUCCAAUGUUAUGACGAUUGAUGGUAUAGCUAAACAAAACCCGCGUGUGUUGGAUUCCGAUACAUGA